AUGCCAAUGUCAAAAUUUUGAAUAAAUUACGGAAGGCGGCGGCGAAUUUCUUACUACAUUUAACGUUGAAAGAAAGUGGAAUAAUAAUGGAUGUGGUCGAAGAAAUUGAGAAUUUGCUACAAAAUGGAAACAACUACAGUUUACCCGUUCUCUUGGACAGUCUUAAAUCGAUUGUUACUAAGAAAAUUUGUACUACAGAGGCGGUAACCGCGGACUUGAUUGAUUUGGAGUUUUUUGAAGAUGUAAAAAACCUAACAGCGUAUGAAAACAUUCCAAUUUACUUUGGCAAAACUCUUAGAGAUGUUAAAUGUGUUAUACUUGAUGAGAGGCUUAGAGAACAUCCGAUUUUUGUUUCUUAUAAAGGUCCAAAGAAGUUGAUUAUAAAGUCGGUUAUUUUACCUCAUUCACCACUUCAAGAUAGGGAGUACAGUACACUCGAAGAAAUAAUUUUUACAUUCAAGAGGCAUGUGGAUAGUUUAUCUACAUAUUUUCAUGAACUGGAGCGCAUUGAUAGAUUUUGUACCGUCAUGGAACCAGCUGAACCUACCUUCAAGGAUGACUUUAGAAGAAUACUUCUUGAUGACAGAAUCUGGUUGCAUAUAGAAGUUACUCCUGAUGGUUUAGCAAGCAAUGUCCAUCUUGUAGGUCAGUCUGACUUAUGGAGUAAUAGGUUGCAGCAAGGGCUUCUGUCUUGGGAUCAUGACAAAGAAAUUAUAGAGAACAUCACUACUGUAUUUGAUUUGGUCAAUUUCCCUGCAGACUCCAGAAAGUCAUCAACAACUACAAUAUCAACUGAGGACCGCCUUAUGGUUGACCCAAUUCUCUGUGGUAUUUGCUUGUGUGCCGAGUUGCCAGAGAGUUCAGCGAUGCCUCUUCCUCUGUGCCCAAACCUUCUUUGUGGGACUUACUUUCAUAGAAACUGUCUAUUUCAGUGGUUAGUGUCAUCUGGCGGAGGUCGCCCGCCCGCUUUCGGAGUCGCAACCGGCAGUUGCCCAGCUUGCAUUGAACCUAUCGCAUGUUGUGAAAGGGAUGCUUAGAUUAAUGUUAAAUUAACUAGCUAACGACGACUACAGUGAAACUGAUAGUAGGAUACUGUGAUUUGAAUGUAAAAUAAGCAGAAUUUAUAAGUGUGAAAUAAUUUUAAAUUGCAUGUAUUUUUGUAUAGAAAUUAAACCUUUCUUCAGUGAUUUAUAAACCUUGUUAUUGCCUUGAACUUAAUCAAUAAAUUAUUAUGUAUUUGUCA